UAGCAGGAAGUGUUGUAGACGAUUGGAAUAAAGUGCAUUCACUGGAGGGUUUCACUGUGUUUCUUUCUGUGUGUACCGCCACGUUAUCCCAGACAGAACGGGGACAAUUUUUAGAGAUGGGGGCACUCCUGCUUUAUAACGGAGAGUCUGACUUUUGACGUGCAACAGUGUGACCACAAUCCCUUCAAAUUUCUUUUGAAACCAGAAGUUUGAAAUCUCAACGUUUCACUUUUAAAGGAAAAAAAAAUGUCUGUUUAGAAAGGCGUUGGAUUGAGGUCAUCUUUAGACGGUUGAGCGGGGUCGUGUUUUUGUUGGCUGGAUUCUGCCCGGGGAGUGGGUGAACGGAGAGAGGAGCAGACGGCUGUCACCCAGGCUCUGGUAUUGUUCAAUGACAGCAGUAGCACCACUGGGAAACAGGACUCGCUGCAAUGGCAGAGUCCACGCAGGUCACGCCGAUAAACAUCAACAGCCUGAAGGAACACACGCUGAAGAAAAUAAGCGAUCUGCUGGACAAGACCAACAACCGGGGAUGGAGGAAACUGGCGGAGAUUGUGGGAGCUGACAAGCGUUUCAGACUCACCUCGGAGGACCUAGAUAAAUGCUCAUUGAAGGUACUGGACCCAGAAGGAAGCCCCACCCGGAGUUUGCUCCAUGUGAUGGGCAACCGGGGUGUGACUGUGAAAGACCUGUUGGAAUUUCUUCAAGCUUUGGGACAGACUGAAGCCUUUCAGCUGCUGAGGUCCUCAGCUUCAUUGAAGAUACUCAUCCAGCCAGUUUCCCAGGCUGUACUGGCUGGUCAGGCAGUGAGACUCUUUUGCCAAGCUGCAGGGCAUCCGAAUGUUGAAUAUCAGUGGUUUCGAAAGGAUAUAGAGGUUCCAAAUGGCAAUACCCCAGAGCUUGUGAUUAAUCCAGUCUCUGUGAAUGAUACCGGGUGGUACAUCUGCAGAGUGAACAGUGGCUGCUUUUUUGAAUUUAGCCACUGGAUGCAACUUGAAGUUUAUAAUUUCAGUACUGUCUAUGGAAGAAGAUUCUAUACCUCUGAGACCAGUCUUCAGAUUAUAAAUCAGCCAAAAACCCAGAAACUGAAUAUAGGAGAUACACUCACGUUGGAAUGUACUGCGAUUGGAAUACCGAUGCCACGUUAUCAAUGGAUGAGAAAUGGACUACCAGUCAGCAAUGGUUGUGAAAGACACUACAAAAUAAGUAACAUAAACCGGGACAACCAGGGGCGGUAUUGUUGCCGUGUGUUCAACGACAAGGCGGAACAAUGGAGUAUGGAAGCAAACGUAUUUGUGGAUGAAUGCAAAUAUCCUCGAGAAACAGGUGAACCCGUUGAAGUUGGACCACUAGAUUUAGGAUUUAACCAAAGACAUUAUGCAACAGACAAGGUGGCUCUUCUGAUAGGCAACAUGUCGUAUCUCAACCACCCCAAGUUAAAGGCACCAAUGAUGGAUGUAUAUGAACUGACCAAUUUGUUGAGACAGCUGGAUUUUAAAGUGGUAUCUCUGUUGGACCUCACCGAAUCAGAGAUGCGUAAUGCAGUGUAUGAAUUCUUACUCUUGCUGGACAAGGGUGUAUAUGGUUUAUUGUAUUACGCUGGACAUGGGUACGAAAACUACGGCAACAGUUUUAUGGUGCCAAUUAAUGCCCCAAAUCCAUAUAGAUCAGCAAACUGCUUGUGUGUGCAGAGCAUCCUAAAACUAAUGCAAGAGAAGGAGACUGGACUGAAUGUCUUCCUGCUGGACAUGUGCAGGAAAAGGAACAUGCAUGAUGACACCAUUCCAAAUAUGGAGGCCUUAAAAGUUACAGCCAAUAUUGUUUUUGGAUACGCAACAUGUCAAGGUGCAGAAGCAUUUGAAAUUCAGCAUUUCGGAUUAGCAAAUGGCAUAUUUAUGAAAUUUCUAAAGGAACGCCUGUUAGAGGAUGAAAAAAUCACGGUGUUGCUUGACAGAGUUGCAGAAGACAUGGGAAAAUGUGACCUCACGAAAGGAAAACAAGCUCUGGAAAUUCGCAGCAGCCUCUGUGAGAAGAGAGCCUUGACUGACCCAAUCCAUUCAUCAGGCUGCUCUGCUGAGUCGCUGGCACGUAAUCUGCAGUGGGCAAAGGCCCAUGAGCUACCUGAAAGUAUGUGGCUUGAGUUUGACUGCGGUGUCCAAAUUCAACUAGGUUUUGCUGCCGAAUUUUCAAAUGUCAUGAUAAUUUACACACGUAUUGUGAAGAAACCAAAAGGAAUUAUGAUGUGCGAGGCAUAUGUCACAGAUUUUCCACCGGACCUAGACAUUGAUCCUAAAAAGACAAACAAAGGAACACCAGAAGAAACAGGAAGCUACUUACUCUCUAAGGAUUUACCAGAGCAAUGCCUUUACACCAGACUAAGUUCUUUACAGAAACUGAAGGAACGACUGGUCUUCACAGCCUGCCUGCGUUAUCAAUAUCAAGGACUUGAUGAAUUUGUAGAAGAAGCCAAGGAGGUAGACGUGGGAAAGCCACUCAUCGCAAAGCUGGACAUCCAUCGCACCAUUAGGAGAAAUAGCUGCCUAGUGACCUGUCCUAUGCCUCAUAGCCCAUUGCACAGCCCAGUGCAUAGCCCAUCCCACAGUCCAGUGCGAAGCAUGGCUUACAGUCCUGAAUUUGAGCAUUACCACCACCACCACAACCAACAUUAUCAAGCUAACUCUCACCUUGGAGUCUACAACCCAAAUUCAUCUAUGAUGGGUGCAGUGGGCUGUACAAUUCCUGCUGACAACUGUAAAUACAACACCUAUACACAUAUGUCAGAAUGGGGUCAAAGACCUCACUUCUGUAGCAGUAACAUAAGGGAAAUCAAUAUUCCAGUUGAGAAUGAUAUCAAUGAUCUGCAGUCUGAUUUCAAUACCUGUCUGCAAUUCACUGAGCAUUAAUUUACAAACAAUCGUUCAGAAUGUACUGAGGAGGAUUUUCCACUGGAACAGUGCUAGCACCCACUGGAAGUAACAAAAUGUAGACAAUCUCCAUCCCAGCAAUGCACCAAUAAUGAGACUGUCCAAUGUAUUCUUCAUUUUUUGCACAACUGAAAUGCUGGACACAAAGAAUGGCAAGCAUAGUCUGGGCAGUUGUGAACAAUCGCAUAGAAUUGGGCCACCUCAAAGGUCAUCAACUGUUUCCCAUUCCUUCCCAGGCUGUCUUCUGUGAAUCUGGACAUGGAGGCAAGACACUUAAACUUAUAACAUCAUGGUGGAAAUUAACCAUUAUGUUGUCAAUGAGAGUAUAGCCCUUUAAUUGUUUUCUGUGCUGCAUCAAACAUUUAAUAUUAUCUGCAUGCAAUCAUUUUUGUGUGAUAAUUUAUUAGCAGUUUUAUGAUACAGAAGCCACGAACCUUAAUGUAUUCAUAGUAGGAAAUGAAGUCAGUUUGGAAGUGGUGAGAAGGAGAUUCGAAAAUUGGAUUUAAACAUUUAUAGAGUGUAGAAGGAAAUAAUUUAGCUGGGUAACAGGUUGCAUUGUUUUGAAAUCCAUGGAGGGAAGGUUAGAGCAGAGGAUGCCAUGGUUAGUUUUGAUUUCAUUACAAUGAGGGCAUGAUAGAUUUAUUCAUAAGGUAUUCACAUUAUAAUUAUAGAAUCAUACAGUAAAGAGGAGGCCCUUCGGCCUAUCAAGCCUCAACUGCCAAAACGACUCCCAAUUUAUACUAGUCCCACUUUCUAGCAUUUGGCCCAUAGUCUUGAACACUAAAAUCUUUCAACUGUUUGUCCAAGUAAGUUUAAAGAUUGUGAAAUUUCCUGUGUCGGCUACCUUCUCUGGCAGUCCAUUUCCAAAUUCGCACCAACCUCUGGAUGAAACGUUCCCUCAAAUCUUGUCUAAACCUCCUUUCACCUUAAUCUGUUGCCUCUUGCUGACCCUUCAACUAACAGGAAGGGUCUAUCCACAUUUAUAUCCACUCUGCCCAUGCCUCUCAUCAUUUUAUAUGCUUCAAUCCCAUUUUAUCCAUCUCUGUUUUUAAAGAAAACAACAGAAGCUAAUCCACACUCUCUACAGACCUAAACUGCCCUAUCUCAGGCAACAACCUUUGCAUCCCGACCAGUACAAUGACAUUUUCCCUAUCGUGCUGUUACCAGAACUGCACACAUUACUCCAGCUGUGGCCUGAUCAAAGCUUUGUACAGUUCCAACAUAACAUGCCUGCUCUUAUAAUCUGUGCCACGACUGAUAAAGGUAACAUUCCCAUUUGCCUUGGUAGCUACCCUAUUAACCUGGUCUGCCACUUUCAGGCAUCUGUUGACAGAUAAUUAAUAUCUUUUCAGCAUCCCUAUGCAUCAAAUUUAUUCCAAUAUUUAUGUUAGAAUGAAAAUGGAAAUCAUUGCAUAGACAUUCCAGAAGUAGCACAAGUAGUAGUGUCUUAGAGGAAGUGAGAUUUUAGUAUCAAAUACGAUAAUAUCACAAGGAUACAUUGUAAGGAAGAUUUUCUUUGUGCGCUGUGAAGUGAAACACUAAGUUUGUUCUCUUUGAACCAUUUAUGAUCUUACUUAUAUAUACACCGUACAUGCAAGGAGAGUCACCAACCUGAAACUUUGGGUAAAACCACCAAUUAAGCUCAUUUGCCAGUUCACUUUUCCUUGCUUUUCUUUCUAUGCCUCAUUAUUGUCCUUGUUUAAGUAAUAAAAAAAGUCUCAAACCAACUCCUCUCUCCCUCAAACUGAAUGUAGAAUUAAAUCAUAUUAUCAUUUCUGAUAAAUAGGGUUUAUAAUCUUAUAGCAAAAGCAUUGCUACAUGUGAGGUCUAGUAUAGUCUGCUCUAGAAGGUGCUGUUCUCAGAAACAAUCACAAAAGUACUUCAUAAACUUGGCAUCCAUACUGCUUUGCUCACCUGACUUUUCCAGCAUACAUGUAGAUUUAAACCUACCAUGAUUCACAUUGUACCUUUCUAACAGGCUCCCAUCAUUUUUCCUAUAUGGUCCACUUUCUAUUAUUAUUAUUAUUAUUAUUAUUAUUAUUAUUAUUAUUACUACUAAUACUAGGGGGAAACAGUAACUAGGGAGAGAAUAGGGCGCCUUAAAGAUCUCUGAGGUCAUCUGUAUAUGGAACUACAGGAAAUGAGUGAGAUCCUAAAAACAAAUUUCGCAUCAUCAGUAUUUACUGUGGAGGAAGGUAGGGAAGCAAGGGAACUUAGGAAAUAAAUAGUGAUAUCUGGAAAUGAGUGCAGACUACAGAAGAGGAGAUACUGGAGGUGUUAAAACACAUGAAGAUAGCUAAGUCUCAGGACAAUGUGGGAAGCUAGGGAAGAAUGUGCAAGACCCCUACUGGUGAAAGUUGUAUCAUUGACAGCCAAGAGUGAGAUGUUGGAAAACUGGAGAGUGGCUAGUUUUGUAACUAGCCAGGAAGUUACAAGGAAAAUCCCAGGAACUACAGAUCGGUGAGCUUGACAACAUUGGUGGGUAAGUGGUUGGAAGGCAUUCUGAGAGAUGGGAUCUACACGCAUGUGGAAAGGCAAGGACUGAUUAGGGAUAGUCAUCAGGGCUUUGUGCAUGGGAAAUUGUGUCUCUUAAACUUGAUUGAGGUUUUGAAGAGGUGACCAAGAGGAAGGCAGAGUGGUAGAUGUUGUCUACUUGGGCUUUAGCAAAGCCUUUGACAAGGUUCGUUAUGGUAGACUGGUUAAUAAGGUUAGAUGAGAUGGGACCCAGGGAGAGCUAGCCAAUUGGAUAUAAAAUUGGCUUGACGUUAAGAGACAGAGGGUGGUCAUAGAGGGUUAUUGUUCAAACUGGAAGCCUUUGACCAGUGGUGUGCCAGCAGGAUAGAUGCUGGGCCUACUGUUGUUCAUCUUUUAUAUAAAAUGAUUCGGAUGAGAAUUUCAGAGUCAUGGUUAGUAAGUUUGGGGUUGACAUCAAAAUGGUGGAAUAGUGGACAAAGAAGAAAGUGUUCAAAGAGUACAAUGGGAUCUUGAUCAACUGGACCAGUGGAUCUAGGAAUGGUAGAUGGAGUUUAAUUUAGAUAAAUGAAAAGUGUUUUAUUUUGGUAAAACAAAUCAGGAUUUGUGUAGUUAAUGAUAGGGCCCUGAUUUGUGUUGUCCAUCAGAGAUCAGGGAGUGCAAGCGCAUAGUUCCUUGGAAGUGGCACCACAGGAAGACAGGACGGUGAAGAAGGUGUUUGGCAUGCUUGCCUUCAUUCCUCCGAGCAUGAAGUACAGGAGUUGGGACAUCAUGUUACAGCUACACAAGACAUUGGUAAGGCCACACUUGGAGUACUGCAUAUAAUUCUGGUCACCCUACUUUUGGAAGGAUGUUAUUAAACUGUAAAGGGUGCAAAAAAGGAUCUACAAGGAUGCUUCUGAUCCUGGAGCAUUUGAAUUAUAAGGAGAGGUUGGAUAGGGUGGGACUUUUAUCCCUAGGAGGCUGGGGUGUACUAAACAAACCUAAGAUGCUGUUAAAUCUUUAAUCAGUUAUAAGGUUUUAAUUGAUUAAUAGGUAUGUGUAAAUCCUCAAACUCCUUUCAAGUCAUGGUCCUGAGAGAGCUAAAGGUUUUAUCAGUGUAAAGAAGAGGUGGCAUCUUAGGUCAGACGAUGCAUAUUAGUGUGUGAGACCUUGUUUAGAAUCUGUUUGUGUUUUAGUUUGGAGUUAGACUGGUUUUAUUUCUUAAGUAGGAAUUUAUAAAACACCAUAUUGACGGGCCAACUAUAAAUUGUGCACAAUACUGGCACCUCCACAGCAGGUGGAAAGAUAGUGAGAGUUUUUGAUAAAUACUUUUGGUUUUCAUAUCACUCUACUGUACCCCUGAACCACCUCCUCUAACCUUUCCCUCCCAAGGGAGCAGAUAUGAACUCAUGCUAAUACAAUACAGUUUCAUGCACCCUUUGUCCUAAAAGCUGACCAUUGCAAACUCCUUGGGAGGUCAAAAGGAACAAAGGCCUGGAGAAAAUUAGAGGGAAUACUCUUCAAAUAAUUAGGAGGAAAUAGUCCAGAGAAAGAAAAUGCUGGCUAUUUUGUUGUUUCUGUUCCUCAAUGGCCCAUGCAAAGUUCUCAAAAAUUGAUCCAGCUGCAGAUAUCAAAUAAUUUUAUUACACAUUGUGUUGUCUUAUGUAAAAGUGCUCAAACAGCAUUAUUGUCACAUACCAAUAGCAAACAAAGGUCUUGCAGUACUGGAAGUAAUACAGCUAUAAUGUUAGCUCUUUUAAAAUAUUGAUAAUAUUGAAAUUUAUGUUUUUAUUAUGGAAUCUGUUCUAUAUAGGUGUGAUUUUAGUAUUUCUUAAUGUUAUGAUUCUGUAACAAUGGGUCAGAAAGACCUAUUGGAGAGUAAGUGACGCUAAUUGACUUGUUGCCUAAAUUGCUAAAUUGCUGCAAAUUGCUGAAAUUGAGAAGCAAUGUCAAUGUUGUGAUUUGGGACCACAUGAACCCCUCGCCUUUCAGCAACUUGAGGAAAGGAUGGAGAAAUGAUGAUACAAGAAACAGCAUAUUGGAGUUAAAUUGGCUACAAAAAUAAUGUUUUGAGAGAAAUUUAAGAAAUGACUAAAAAUAAAAGUAAUAAAGAACAAAUACGAGAGAUUAUAA